AUGAAUGUGCAUGAUAGUCUUAAGAACGGCCGAUAUCCCCCCAGCAGUAGAGUUCUCAGAGCCUUGGGCAAAUCUGACCAGCAAGCAGGGUGCCUGUACGAAGGGCGAUGGUACGUCGCCGGCUCAUCCGUGCGCACACGUGAGGCUUGCCUGUCGUGCGCGUGCGCUCACGGCGCGCUGUCAUGCCGCCGCCGCACGUGUGCAACGCUGCCAGAACCACCACCGAGAUGCCAUGUGAUACAUCACCGGGGAGAGUGCUGUCCCGAACUACGAUGCCCUGAUGGCGUAAAACACAAACAUGGAGCGACUGGUAGACUAGAUGAUGCAGAUAUCGACACUCCGACGUCACUGGGCCACGUGUUCCCAGCGUGCGUGGAAGGAGGGACGGUGUACGCUGCCGGCUCGGCCAUGAGUUCCAACACGGCUUGCGAGCAGUGCUUCUGCCUCGGCGGGGCUCGGCGCUGCGUCCGGCCGCGCUGUCUGCCUCCGCCGCCUGGCUGCAGAGCGAGACCGGCUUCCGGCGCCUGCUGUCCGCAACGCUACUACUGCGAGCAUGUUACAAAGCCUGUAGACGAAACCAACUUGCAUGAUUGCGUUACUCCUGAGGGUGCUUGGGCAAUGGAAGGAGAGCGGAUAAAGUCAGCAGAGAUCGGUUUAGAAUGCAUCCAGUGCUUCUGCCUGCGCGGGUCCAUCAGAUGUCAGCACCUGUCCUGCGCCCCCUCGUUACAAGGUUGCACGCCCUUAGUCCAACCGGGCCAGUGCUGUCCCCAUCAAUAUCAAUGCGACCGACACAGCAAUGGUACAAAAUUCAGCUUACACCCUCAACGCCAGAACAUUUUGAUGGCUUUAAAAGAUGAAAAUAGAUCAUUUCACACAUCAAAAUCAACAAAACGUGAGACUACAAUGAAAGAACAUAGUACAGUAACAGAUAAAAGCACAGUAGCUGUUACUAAAAAAGAUUUAGGUACCACAUCCAAGGUAAAAAGAGAAACUGAACUCCCGCAGAAUACUAGUUCAAGCAUAAAAACGGACAAAAGUGAGAUGAUUACUGCGACAACAGCACAGUCAACUCAAAAAUUAAAUGAAGUUACACCAGCUACGAUCACUAAGAUUGAAACCACAACUGUACCCGUUUCUUCGCCAGACCUUCCUACAGAGCAGCCUGCGGGAUCAGUAAAAGUCAUAAUUAAUGGGACAAUAAACUGUACCACAGAACUAUCUUCCACAUCUUUACUUUUAAACAUAUCAGAUACCAACAAUACUGUCUGGAUAGACAGCCAGACUCAACCACGGAUACCGAUUAUGAAUACCAUUGAUGUUGAAAGUCAUACGUUUCCACCCAAUGAUAUCAUAACUGAAGGAAGUUAUAAAGAAGAAUUUGAUGACAAUGACACGUUUACUAUCAAUGUAACCAGCUCUCUAAGGACUAAUACAAGUCAUUCAACAACAUCAACGACCAUAAAACCAAAGUCUGAUGUACCAAAAACUGUCCCACCUGCACUUGGGAAAUUAAAUGUUUCGAAAACAAAGAAAGAUGAAUACGAUUAUGAUUACACAGAACCAACACUACCUCCCUCACUACCGAAUUUAAAAAUUAUUCCUUUUGUAGCAGCUGACGCAGUAGUAGAAGAAGAAGUAUCGUCAAAGGAAACUCUUGAUUACUCUGUACUGGAUAGAGAAGACAAGUUUCCAGUGUAUUAUCCUAACAAAGAAACAGAAGACACAAUAUAUGCAACGCGUAAAGUAGACGUAUACAAUCCUACCCAAUAUCCAAUAUUUAUUUCAAAGAAGGUUGAACCACAGUAUCCAAGCUUGACUCAAGAUACCGAGGAAGUGAAUGUACAUUAUCCAAGCAUUACAAAUGAUAUGGCCGCUCCUGUUCAAGAAUACACAGUCACUGCUUCGUUAGGAAAUUCCGCUAAGAUGAACUAUAAAGGCGAAAACCAAGAACCUGCAACAAACACCCAAUUCGAAGUAGAACCUCCAGCUGGAAAUUUAUUUUCACCUCCAGUAGAGACGGAAGGUGGGUUUGUACCUAAGGGCCCAGGAAUUAUGGACGACUAUUAUUCUGUUUAUUCCAGUACUCCACCUGGAAAUAUUAUGCCUCAUUUAACAACAUCAAUGCAGUUGGAGCCUAAAGAUGAAUGCAUCUCUAGCGACGGGAGACACGUUUCAGAAGGCGAAUCAAUAUCCAUUUCUUGCUCAAUAUGUACUUGUGCGUGGGGAGAGUUGCACUGCUCUCCUCGACCAUGCAAUACGCCAGCAGGAUGCAGCAGAAAGGCUGCAAGUAUGAGCACCACUGAUUUAUGCUGUGGUGAAUUGAUUUGUGAUAAAUUGAACAAGACAACAUCCAUGCCAAUAAUGAUAUCUCAAAAUAUUUACAAACAAAACGAGUCUGAAAUAACUAAUAAAUACGAAAAAGUAUCAUUCACUUACCAAGAAAGUACAACCACACCACGAAAUGACACAAAUAAUGAUAGAGUACAUAUGGAUAUGAAUUUACAAAAGAAUAUUUCUGAAACGAAUGAAAGAUUUGUUGGCACGAUACCAGAAACUUUGAUAACCUCCAGUUCUACUGAAAAAACUGUUUUAUAUACCUCAAGUGAAACUCCUAUUAGUGGGGCUUUCGAUAAUAAUACCCAUUCUCUGGAAUAUGAUGAUGAAGAUGAUGACGAGGGAUUUUCCUUAGGAAGCGUUUUAAAGCUAUUGCUCAGUGAAACAUACGACACAACAACUGCAGCACCGAAAAAGAAAUUAACUACAGUCCUCACAAGCACAACACCUAGAAUAACUACGACUGUUCCAACAACUAAUAGAAAAUUAUUUACUUCAUCUGAUAGUGGUUUCGUCCCUGUUACUCACCGUUCACCUUACAUCCCACCAAAAAAGUUAUAUCCGCAAAAUACUAUAAACAGAAUUGACCACCUUGUACUCGGAGAGUCAAAUGCGAUUAGAAAAAAAAUGUUGACCAAUAAAACUACUCAGCAGCCUAUUACUACGAAGACUGUAGAGAUUUCAAGUAAAGAAGGCUUUGGAGGGCAUCCUGUUGAGGUGCGUCCUCCUAUUGGAAAUUUUAUACCCGGGUUGGGAUUAGGUUUACCUAAACUCGCUGGAUGCAAUAUUUACGGCCGAAUGUAUCGAGUGGGUAGAAUCAUUGCCGAGUUGUCAUCUCCAUGCCAAGAAUGUAAAUGUACCGAACUCGGUGUUCAGUGUCGAUCGCUUAGUUGCUAACAGUAUUGCGGUGCAUUUGAAUAAUACCUUUCAAUGAUAAGUGAUAAUUUAUGUAAAUAGCAAACGCGUACAAAGACAAAUCAACGGUGACCAUGAUUGAUUAUUUAGAUAGAUUGAACUGUGAAGUUCUCAUACAUAUAAUUUAAAUUAAUUUUUGUACAGUGCAUGAUUGUGAGUAUGUGUGUGUGAAUGGGGUUUUAGAUAUAACUUUUAUUUUAAGUGUUUAAAUGACAUUGCCUAAAACUUACCGUAAACAGCCGUUCAAUCAAACGGCCUUUGAUCUCAAAUAGUAAUACCUGCAUUGCAAUAAUAGGAUCGUACUUUUGACUUUUAAAUAUAACACGCUUGCCAGAACA